GAAACGCCAAACGCGCUCUCCCCACUGUGAUCACUUUCUUCUUUCAGACAUCUUAACAGACUUUGAGAAAAACACAACACCACCUGAAACCUUUCUAUUACAGAGACAUCUAUUUUCCAAAAAAAAAAGUUUUUUUUUUACUGGUUACCAAUGGCGAGACCGCAACAACGGUACCGAGGCGUGAGACAGAGGCACUGGGGUUCAUGGGUCUCUGAAAUUCGCCACCCUCUACUGAAAACGCGAAUCUGGUUGGGGACGUUCGAGUCGGCGGAGGACGCGGCCAGGACAUACGACGAGGCCGCGAGGCUCAUGUGCGGCACGGGGACUCCUCGAACCAACUUCCCUUACAACCCAAACGCACCACAAGAUUCUUCGUCCAAGAUCCUCUCCUCGACCCUUACCGCUAAGCUCCACAAAUGCUACAAGGCUUCUCUCCAGACGAGCAAACUGACGCAAACGCAGACCGCGAGACUGCUGCCGCCGCCGCCGCCGCGAACGCCGUUCCGUCAGACGCUUCAGAAACCGGCGGAAUCUGACGGCGCCAAUUGUGAGAACGUAGGAGUCUGUGCGUCUGCGUCUGCGUCUGACGCAAACGCGGAGGGGACGAACUGGGGGGUUGAAAACGUGAUUCUGCAGCAACAGCUCAAGCCACUUGAAGAAGAUCAGAUCGAGCAAAUGAUAGAGGAGUUGCUUCACUAUGGUUCCGUCGAAGUGAUGAGCAGUGAGAGUAGCAGUAGCAAAUGGUAGAAGAGAGAGAGAGAGAACAAAUCCAAGUGUGAGGCAUUAGAGUCAAUUCAUUUGGCUAAUUGUAACACAUUUUUUUUAAUGCAAGGAUUGGCCUCUUGUAGACCAAUCUCAGUUCAUGUAAUAGAGCAACUGCAGAAUUAGGAUUGUGGGGUGUUUUUGGCAAAGGCGGUUUGAUUUCACGAAGCCGUUUUUCCCUUCGAGAUAUUAAUGUAAUCAAGAAACUGCGAGAGAUUCUCGAUGUAAUUCUCCUGUUCGAGAGCUCAGAUUAUAACACCAAUUUUAUA